CAGAGCUUUGCCUUACAAGCUGUAGAAGUUCUUUGUGUGGUAUAGCUGUGUGCAUCAAGGGCUAGAAGUGGUGGCUCAUACGACACAUCUUCGAAUCGAUGCAUUUUUCAUCGGCGUCACAGACGACAGAUGUAUCGCAUUGGACUCAUGCAAAACCACAUAGUCGAUGCCGUCCUAGCAUCAGUCAACGCUGCUUCCCGUUUAAUACCUACUGGGUUCUUUCGCCUGUUUCUGUUUUCCGUGCUCCCCCGCCGCUCCCCCAUAACGUGCAUUCCGUUAGGGGAGUUCUGCACGGCGUCCGUGUUUUGUCGGGGACAUCAGAGGGACCUUCAGAUUAUGUUUCUUGGUGCCUCCGGCUACAUAAAGUGAACUGUGAUUUUCUGGGUGGCGCAGAACCACGGCGGGAGUGCUCACGAUCGCGUCCGUCGCAGAAACGCCCAGCAACGCAGAACCGACUGUCUGCGUCCCAGGAAUUGCUGCGGUGCAUUAAGCUACGUCCAGUGUGCCUGCGGGUGGGAGUCUAUAUAUUGUGCGCAAGUGCGACCUAUGCCAACCACGGUCACAAAAUGGUUGAGGUCGGGUGCGAGUCCGACACGAACUCUUCAGUGGUUGCUCGUGCAACCGGUGGAGAAACCCACAUGACAUUCCGGCUACAGAGAACCAAUGGUAAUCAUGGAUCUCUUUCGGCAGGCCAAAGCCGCCGGGUAGAAAGACGCUACUGCGCGAGACAUGACGCAGCCGUACUGCGCGCAGGCGCGAAGCUACCACCCGCAAAAGGUGCGGAUUCCAACAAGUGUGUGGAACGGCAAGCAAUGCGCCACUCUUACAUUGGACUGCGAUGCUGGGAAGCCAACCCGUCUCUUCAUAAAUCCCUAAUAGCUGUUAAAAAAAUUCCGACCAAACGUCCAGCGAGCUUCACCCUUCCGGUCUCGGUAGAAAACAAACUCCGACAAUCCACAGGUUCGACAUCGCUUGAGAUCGUCCGGCAAUGCGUUGGGGCUUACGGCGAUGCCGCUUCCGAACUAAGGAACCUGUGUGACACGUGCACUGUGCUGACACGAGUAUCACCGCCAUCCAGUGAUCCAUGCCGUUCUCCAUCAGGAUCCAAAUUCCGAAAAGCGAGUCAUGCGCAUGUCGGCGCCGGGAAUACGUUCUCUGAAAAUAUCAGCCCCGAAGAGAGGAAACGUCUCCGUGCAGCACAGGGGCUCUGUGACCCAGCGACACUACUGAAAGAACUUGUUCUGCUUUUCGACGUCGGACCACCUCCGAAAUUUUGCUUCCCUGACGGUACACCUGACGUCUCUGCCAACGCAUCGGUAGGGGAAAUCUGCAAUUUCGUAUCAUUCACGUCGUCACUAGGUCUUGGCUCUAAAGAGCUUUGGAACUGGCCCAAGCCUAAUCAUACGAUCAGGGCAGGAAACAGCUUCCGCAAAUUACUUGAGGAGAAAGAGGAGCUGGACGAGGAAGACGAUGUGAUCACUUCGCCAGACACUCGUGCGUAUGAAGGGGAAGAAUUUGAAGAUGAUGAAGAGGAAGAAGCACUCGAAGCAGAGCAGGAGAAAGAAGAUACAGAUAAUGCCAGUCACCCUGGGGAUGAAUAUGCGGUUUCAGACGACGGCACCAUGUAUAGUAGUGACUUCUAUUAUGAGGAGGAUGUAGAUGACGAAGAGCAGCAGGAAGAGGAUAGAGAAAAUGACAGCUGUUCUAGAGAUGGAUAUGUGAUAUCAGUUGACGGUAGCCUGAAUAGCAGUGACUCGUAUAUUGGCGACGAGACGCUGGAGGGCUGUGAGUGUACAAAGGAGGCUACUACAGACCCGGAUGAAUACGAAGUCAUCGAAGAGGAAUUUCGCAACCAAGGGUUUCGGUUGGACAACACCUAGGACUCCACGCAAGCGCUGCAAAAUCGCAGAGAAGCGUUUUUGUUGUAUUCUUGAAAAUCUGUCAGGCAACGGUAUCUAGGGUGGCACCUACUUGUCAAUCUAAGCAGUCUGAAAAUCUUCAACAUAGUGAAUAGAAGGACAGGAAUAGUCGAGAGGGGUAUACAGGGCCGCAGCGGUGGAUGACGAAUUCGGAGUCUGAGUGACAAAAAGGGAACAGAAUAACUCCAAUCCUGAUAGACGUACUACAGUGCAACUCAUGAUGUUACACCGGGUCCUAAAACUC